UCUCACUGCGGGCUGCACCAAAGUUUUCAGUUUCUCAGAUCUCCGCCCCUCCAUGUAUGUUAUAUAGUGAAACCUGAAACGGCAGCAGGCCUGUAUUUGGUGCCCCUCUCUCUUCUGGAAACUGUCAUUGUACAACAUUAUGAAAGGGCGCACAGGUGAGAUGGAGAACACAUCCAAGGUAGAACCCUCCAAUGGGCACAGCAGACCCCUGGACAUUGUGCCCAGUACAGAGGAGAAGAUGACAGACAGGGGUCAGUGGGGCAACAAACUUGAGUUUGUUCUGUCAGUGGCUGGAGAGAUUAUAGGCCUGGGGAAUGUCUGGCGUUUUCCCUACCUUUGUUAUAAGAACGGAGGAGGUGCCUUCUUUAUCCCAUACCUCAUCUUCCUGUUUGCUUGUGGGAUCCCGGUCUUCUUCCUGGAGACGGCUCUGGGUCAGUAUACCAGCGAGGGAGGUAUCACCUGCUGGAGGAAGAUCUGCCCUUUGUUUGAAGGAGUGGGUUAUGCUACCCAGGUGAUUGUUGCUUUGCUCAACAUCUACUACAUCGUUGUGUUAGCCUGGGCCAUCUUCUUCCUGUCUAACUCUUUCACAUGGGACCUGCCCUGGGCCUCCUGCAACAACUCCUGGAACACGGAUUCCUGUAUGGCAUUUCAGAGGGGGAAUAGCUCCAUCAAUCACCAUGAGAACGCCACCUCUCCUGUCAUUGAGUUCUGGGAGCGCAGAGUCCUGAGAAUUUCCUCAGGCAUUCAUCACAUCGGCUCUCUGAACUGGGACCUGGUUAUCUGUCUGGCCGUUGCCUGGGUUAUCUGCUACUUCUGCAUCUGGAAGGGAGUGAAGUCCACUGGAAAGGUGGUUUACUUCACAGCCACCUUUCCAUAUGCUAUGUUACUGAUCCUGCUGAUCAGAGGGGUCACCCUGCCAGGAGCCUCCAGGGGAAUCCACUUCUACCUCUACCCUGACCUGGGACGCCUAUCUGACCCACAGGUAUGGAUGGAUGCUGGAACUCAGAUCUUCUUCUCUUAUGCCAUCUGCCUGGGCUGCCUCACUGCACUGGGAAGCUACAACAAAUAUAACAACAACUGCUACAGGGAUUGCUUGUCCCUCUGCUUCCUAAACAGUGGCACCAGUUUUAUUGCUGGCUUCGCCAUCUUCUCCAUCCUGGGCUUUAUGUCCUACGAGCAGAAUGUACCUAUCUCAGAAGUGGCAGAAUCUGGUCCAGGUUUGGCCUUCAUAGCCUACCCUCGAGCUGUGUCCAUGAUGCCUUUCUCCCCUUUGUGGGCCUGCUUCUUCUUCAUUAUGAUUGUCUUUCUGGGACUGGACAGUCAGUUUGUGUGUGUGGAGAGCCUGGUGACAGCCAUGGUAGACAUGUAUCCCUCCACCUUCCGCCGUAAGAACCGCAGGGAGCUCUUCAUCCUGGGAGUGGCCAUUGUGUCCUUCCUAAUGGGGCUCAUCAUGCUGACAGAGGGAGGAAUGUACGUCUUCCAGCUCUUUGACUACUAUGCAGCCAGUGGGAUGUGUCUGCUCUUUGUGGCUAUUUUUGAAACUGUUUGCAUUGCUUGGAUUUAUGGUGCUGACCGUUUCUAUGACAACAUAGAGGAUAUGAUUGGCUAUCGCCCCAGCCCUGUCAUCAAAUACUGCUGGCUUUUCUUCACCCCUGCGACAUGCUUUGGAACCUUUGCCUUCGCCUUGAUCAAGUACUCACCUCUGAAGUACAACAAUGAAUACAUAUACCCAUGGUGGGGCAAUGGGAUAGGCUGGAUCCUGGCUCUGUCCUCCAUGCUGUGUAUCCCUGUCUGGGUGGCCGUGAAACUGUACUACACCCCUGGAACACUGAGAGAGCGCGUCGCUUUCUUGACCACUCCUUCCACUGAGUUACCGAAGACAAAGCAGGAGCAGGAGAAGCUGCUCGCCAUCUUCGCAGCCGAUGGCGACAGCCUCCAUCAGAAAGCACCUCCCACUAAGGACGGUUACUUCCCCGUUGAUGAAAAAGAGUCCCACUGCUAAAGACCUGAGGGUUGAAAUCAGAGCCUUUAGGGCGUCAAAGGUCACUCCUCAACUUUGACACUCUGUCUGGCCCCAUCCCCAACUCUCUCUGCAAUACCUCACCAGACAAAGUGACGAAACGAACGCACAGACGCAGAGUUUAAGAGUGCCCUGAGCUGUAACUGCUGAUCUGCUGCUGGAGUUUUCUCCUUUGUACACUGCCUUAAACACACAGUAUGACGGCAUCAACAUUCCUACUUAAAGAUUGACAUCCUCUUUAGGAAAGCUGGUUAUCAUCUCAUUUGCCAGUGGCAGAGUCACGUGUACAUUUGAAAAAAAAUGUGGCCAUUGUUGUUACGCAGUGGCUAAGAAUUUACAUUUGAUCGUUUCUGCUUUCUAAGGAAGCAUUUUGUUUUUCUGUUAUGGACAUCUCUAAUGUUCAGUUCGUCUGACAUGACAUUCCAGUUACAUUACUGAUUCUAACAGCUGUCUGCUGCAGACGGAGCACAGGACGUCUCACAGAUCAUAAAAGUUCACAUGAAUAAAAUCUGUGUGUGUUUAAAUGCACUUCUGCAAUGUAUACAGUACAAAUGUAUUGUGUAUUCAAUUCAGACACGCCGACAGCUCUGUUUUUAUUGUACAGUAGUGAGUUCUGAUCUCAGGAUGUAAAAUCUUCCAGUAAAACAUCUUAGAAAGGCAUUUACUAAUAACCAAGAAUUUGAUUUUAAAUUCACAUUUAGCUGAACUGACCACAACUCAUCACAAUUAGGCUUCGCUGUUGGUAUUUCAUAUUAAUGUUACUGUUUUCUUCAUUUCAUUUUUUUUUCUUCCGCAUGAAUAUUUUACAUGCCUUUUGUUAGUCUUCUGAUUAUUGACAUGACUUUAAUUCAGUUGGUUUUGCCUCGUCUCAUGCAUUGAAUCUUAUGACAUUAAAAUGUAAAGUGGCUGAAGGAGACAGCUGUGCCACUUAGAUAAUAUGAACAGGGAAGACUGUAAUGAUUGAAGGGAUUCAUUCCAAAAUGAACAUCUCUCUUGUCAUCUCUUUUUCUGCUGUAUUAUAAUGAACUUCAGCCAGUGUUUCUUUAGUUGUAAUGCUGGCAUGAAGAUAUGAUAAUUGAUUACUGAUAGAGAACACUUUUACUUAUGUGUAACUUUUGUAUGCUAAAAUUAUUUUUUAUGACUGAAUAAAAAUACCUUCAUUUGAAAUGUACAUUUCUAUUGAAAUAUAUGUUUAUAUUUUAUGGGUCAUACAAUUUAUUAUUCAGUACAUGAAUGAUCAUUUACAUUACUGAGAAUUUGCUGUGUCUAUUGAUGAUUAAAAAGAAAUAUUCUAAAUUUCAGCAACACCUUCCUCGUUGAGAAUAACAUCAUAUUCUCAAAUAAAGUGGCAUUAUUGAUAUUUGA